AUGUCUCAGUUGAAGGAAGGCUUAUUUAAGUUAUUCGAUUUGCCAACAUGGUGCUGGUUAUUGGUAUUCGUCUACGCCACAAUUCCGCUGACAUUUUACUACUUUUUGCCAAUGUUAGGUAGUUGUCUUAGAAAGAGAUCGUGCAUUGCAGACAAAGCCGUGAUCCUGGUUAUGGGAGACUUAGGCCAUUCUCCUAGGAUGAAUAACCACGCGUUGUCUUUCAGUAGGAUUGAUUAUCAAGUUGAAUUGUGUGGAUAUAUUGAUUCCAAACUAGCUUUUGAUAUUAUGCACAGCGACAAUAUUUCAAUUAACCAGAUUCAAGCCUUAAGGAAUACUGUAGGUUUACCAUACUUUCUUUUUGCCAUGUGGAAAAUUGUUUAUCAACUUCUCCAGCUACUAAAGUUACUGAUGAGGGUUAUGCAAGAUUCUCGGUAUAUUUUAGUACAAAACCCGCCUGGGAUACCUUCAAUAUUAGUGAUUGUUAUUCUCAAAAAAGUAUUGUUUCCACAUUGCAAGUUGAUUAUAGACUGGCAUAACCUGAAUUACACGAUUCUAAAUUUGAAGUAUCAAAAUUUACACCAUCCAUUUGUCAGAUUCUUGAGAUUCUACGAAUUCCAGAUGUCAAAAUAUAGUGACUUGAACUUAACAGUAAGUGAAUCAAUGAAUAAAUUUCUUCAGACAGAGUUCGGAAUCUCUUCAGCAAAAUUGGUUACACUCUAUGAUAGGGCUCCUACACAAUUCAAGCCUAUUUUAGAUCCAUUUCAAAAGGAAUCAGUCAUGAAAGCUCAUCCACGUUUGUUCCAACACAGUAUUUUCUUCAGUAAGAUUUUAGUCACAAGUACGUCUUUCACUCAAGACGAAGAUCUCCCAUCAUUUUUGAAAGCUUUGAAGUUUAUUGAUUGCUCUUUGAAGUGCAAAAUUCUGGUGAUCGUCACAGGAAAAGGGCCUCUAAAAAAUAAUUUUGAGGAGCAGUGUAAUGCUCUCACUUUCUCCAAUAUUUUGGUCAAAACUUGCUGGUUAUCUCCUGAAGAUUACCCCAAGAUCCUAGCGAUUUCUGAUCUUGGAGUAUCAUUGCAUGUAUCGUCAAGCGGAAUUGAUCUUCCAAUGAAGGUAGUCGACCUCUUUGGAUGUGGGGUGCCUGUGGCUUCUUUGAAGUUUGAUGCAAUUACCGAGCUCAUUAAGGAAGAUGUCAACGGUGUUUUGUGCGACGAUGCUUUCAGCCUAGGAACUACGAUACAACGUCUUUUCGAAAAUGCCGCAGAACUACAAGCGUUGAAACAAGGUGCUCUAGAAGAAAGUUUAAAGGAGUGGAACGUGGAAUGGAAUAAAAAACUAGGUAGUUUGUUGACUUAG